CUUGUUAUAAGUGUCACGGUACAACUGAUGUCUGUCAAAGCUAUCUUGCGUGGCGCUUUGCCAGUUGACAUAGCUUUUCGUUCAAUGCACUCGGGAUCAAUAUGAAAUGAACGCUGAUCGCGACAUUAAUGUCUAAAGGGUUGACCGCACAGCGUCAGCAUCACCGGCUCCUGGCCAUCGGUUUGAACACCUCUCUUCCAUUGCAGUUCCUGGAUAUUACAUUCUAAAUAUGAAUUUCUCCAUCGAUAUCGGCCUGAUGAACUUUACCCCGUGGAGGCUUCUAACCAUUGUUAUGGCUCUACCCCUGGGCAUCAGCGCGAUUGGCCUGCAGCUUUGCAUAGAGAGUCCCAAGUUUUUUAUCAGCAUCGGGCGGCAGGACGAAGCAGUGAAUAGUCUUCAAGCGAUUUACAUGAAGAAUGGUGGAAUCAAAAACAAAUACCCGGUACGGAACGUGUAUAUAAGUCAGGAGACGAGCAGGAAGGGCGAGGGGAAGCCGCUACUGCAGUCCCUGAAGGACCAGACCUUCCCUUUGUUCAAGCCGCCGCUACUCCGCCGGACCGUGCAGCUGUCCUUUCUGACCUCCGUUAUUUACAGCAUCAACAACAGUCUCGUGAUGUGGAUGCCGUCCAUCGUCCAGGCCUUCGCUUACGGGAUGGACUCGGCCGGCGCCGGCUCCAUGAGCUUAUGUGAGAUCAUCAUCAGCACGCAGUACCACAACACUCCUGUUGAUUCUUUGACCUGUACCUCAUCGCUCGAGGAACGCACGUUGUUCUCGGGGAUUUUCCACGGCCUCCUGUUCUCUGGUAUCACCGUGUGCGUGUCCAAGUUCGCGGCGCACAAGAAGGCGCUCCUCAUAGCGUUCCUGGCGAUACCGCUAGUGUCCAGCGCGGCCGCCGUGCUCAACCAGGACGAGUACGCGAGCCUGGUGCUGUUUGUCGGGAUGAUGAUGACUAACUUGUGCAUGGGGGUUUUGUUCUCCUAUUACGUUGAGCUCUACCCGACCUCUCACAGAGGCAUGGCGGCGUGCCUGGGCGUGAUGGUGGCCAGACUCAGCGGCUUGGCGGGGGUCAACUUCAUCGGUUCGUACGUGAUGACGCACUGCGCCGCCACAUUCUACGCGUUCAGCGCUUAUCUGUUCUGUGGUAUAGUGGUAGCAUAUUUUCUCCCAGCGCCGGUCGCGAAAACGGACGCAGAAUGUACAAAUGAAGCCUGAAGGUUCACAUCCUGCGCCGACUUGUUUCGUAC